AUGACAAAGGCGGAGAAGGUUGACGCUGUUUUGCGCCGUCUAUCCAAUCCUCCUAAAUGCCAUUGUGGAGUGUUGACGAGACUAACUACUCAUAGCCAAUGUGGAGCAUUCACUGCCUUCUAUCGCUGUGGAUUGCCAGAUUAUAGAGGGUUCUCAUCUUGUGACUUUGAGGAGUACAACUAUGGACCCAAAUCGUAUUGGCCUUCUGAGUAUGAAUUUGCGGAGUUUCAAGCAGGCAUUAAGCCAUGGCCACGCACAAAGAUGCCAGACCGUAAGUGCAAGUGUGGCAUCAAGGCUCGCGAAGGAGUUGUUCCGUCUGAGCUAGGAUACGGAUACUAUUGUGGCAAUGCUUAUGGAGGGCCGUCUGAGUUAUGGGCGAGUUGA